CGGAGGGAGGGCCCGAGAAGACAGGCAAGAAACUCGAGCGAGGAGGCUUUGGGGACCAGCGGAACCGACGUGGGCCUUGCACCUGCGAGCCGGUCGCGAUAGCAACCCUCGCUGCCGGAAGAACUCCUCAGCGAGCGAGCGGGCGGGCGCGCGCCUGCCCAACCGCCCUCCCGCGUGCUCCUCUCUCUGGAUUUGGCAGUUGGCACUCGCCCAGCUCGAAGAUGGCGGACGAUGGGACACUCGCCGAGCGGCCUCAGGAGGAAGACGAGGAGGAGGAGGAGGAGGAGGAGGAGAAGGAAAAAAGGGAGCCGGAGGCGGCUGCAGCAGCGGGCACCAGAGGAGGGAGGCGGGAGAAAGGGCCCCGAGGAAGCGGCCGCCCGCCCACCGUCCGAGAUCUGCAGCUGGCAUUGGCUGGACUGUAUGAAGAUGAAAUGAAAAGACAACCACUUCAUUCUGAAAAAUCAACAACUAGAGUAGCCAGUCAUCCAAGAUUACCCAUUCAAAGAAGUUUGAAAAAACCUGAAAGAAGUAUGAGUGAUGACAAGAACAACCAAAGAUUUUACCUAGGUGAUUCAGAUUGUAGAACUGAUGGGCCAUCUAGUAAUAUGACUUCCAGUAAAAUUGUUGAUGAGCUUUUCAAAGAAGCAAGAGAACAUGGGGCAGUCCCUUUAAAUGAAGUAUCAAGAGCCUCAGGAGAUUGUUAUAAAGCUAAAUCAUUUUCUGGUGGUGGAUACAGAUUGGGAGACUCUACAUGGAAGCGCUCUGAAUAUAUUUAUGGAGAAAGCCAGUUUGGGCAGGAUGUUCAAAUCUUGCUCAAACUGUGGAGGAAUGGUUUCAGCUUAGAUGAUGGAGAGUUGAGAUCUUACACAGACCCAGUAAAUGCUGAGUUUCUCGAGUCUGUUAAAAGAGGAGAGAUUCCUGCAGAACUCCAAAGAUUGGUUCAUGGAGGGCAAAUUAAUUUGGAUAUGGAAGACCAUCAAGAGCAAGAAUACGUAAGGCCUAGGCUGAGAUUCAAAGCUUUCAGUGGAGAAGGACAAAAACUUGGAAGCCUUACUCCUGAGAUUGUUAGUACACCUUCCUCUCCAGAAGAAGAGGAGAAAUCCUUUGCUGAUGGUGCUGUUUUGGUAGAUGACUCUGUGCCAACUACUAAAAUUCAAAUAAGGCUAGCAGAUGGAAGUCGUUUAAUACAGAGGUUUAAUCGAACACACAGGAUUGUAGAUAUUCGGAACUUUAUUAUCCAGUCUCGGCCUUUGUUUGCUAACACUGACUUUGUUCUUCUGACUACAUUUCCACAUAAGGAGCUUACAGAUGAAAGCCUGACACUACAAGAAUCAGAUAUACUGAACACUGUGAUUCUUCAGCAGCUAAAGUAAACCUUCAGCCUAUCAGUAAAUCUGGGGCCUAUGGCUUCAGUGAAUGGAUAAUGUUUUCUAUUGUUCUACAACAAUGCUUCCAAAAAGAAAGAAUGGAAAGAAGCUAAUUUUUUCGACUUAAAGAGGUCCAUUGGCUUUCAAUACUCUUCCGUCUUCCAGUGAUAAUUGUCUUAAAUAGAUUUCAGAAAGAUUUGUUAAUGAAUGUUUAUUGAUUUUGUAUCUUUCUAAAACCAACGGUGUCCAGUCAAGUUCUGCUUUUAUUUGGGGAUAGGAGUGCAGAGAGAAUUGCUGCAAUUAGCCAUUUUAUAAGAGUGUAAAAGCCAUUUUUGGAUACAGACUGGUUCUUUUUCAAUAGACUUUUGAGACUUGAACUUUGGGAAACUGUUAUGCUGCAGCAACUAACAGCCAUCAAGAAAUUCAUCGUGUCAGUUGAGACACAGUUGUGUCUCAUUGUGAGACUUGGAAGUGUCAUGUUUAUAUCUUCAGUGUAUCUAGCAUGAUUCUAACGCAUUGUAAUAUUGUGCUGGUAAAAUAUUUGACUUAGCCUAUCAUUCUCUUUUAAUCUCAGCUGUAGUAAUAUUGAUUUAAAUGAGAUUGUGAAUGUUGAACAGAGAUAAAUACGUUUAACCUAUCUGUAGGGUCAUUUUCUGCAGCAAUGUAUGACCCUUAGUUUUUAACAGGAGAAAAGGAUAAUAAGUAACAGGUUUUCAAAAAUGAACUUCAUUUGGUCAGAUCUAAGAAUUCUGCAUGAAUCAAAUGCUCCAGUGUACACUUUGAGUGUUCUUUUCAAUGGAAAUACUCAAUUUGUAUAUGUUGGCCAAAGUCCAGUUUACUCUUAGCAGAGGAAAUAAGUGUGUUAAUGAAAUCCCAUUUGUUUUCACAACUAGAAACCAUAAGCACAUUUGUUCUUAUGGUUCUUAGGCAUGCUACCAUUUGUAUGUCCUGUUUUGUACUCAGAAACAGUGUUGGAUUUACCCCUUGGACAUAGUCUGGAAGUCAUGACAUCAUUUGCACUAGCUUAAUGGCACUAAAUGGAACUUGAGAGGAAUUUUCUUGGAAUACUUUUAAGAUUCCAUCUAAAACUACACAACCUCUUUGUUGGUGACAAUGGUCUUUAUGGAAUUUUUGUGGCUGCUUAGAAAACAGGUCUGAUGUGAUAAAAAGAAACAAAAGGAGAAUUGAUUGAAUAAGAAAUGUCAAGAGAGGGCAAUGAUGACCUCAGACAAUGGCUGACUAUUAAGGCCAAUUACCAUUUAAUACUGGUAUGCAUACAUACCAGUAUUCUAAAUAGUCACUUGUGUACACAAAUGUUGUGUCCAGAAGUGUGACAGUGUAUGAUGGUAUACUGUAAUCUUUGCUUAACUGUGUAUACAAUUUGCACUUUAUCUUCUGAUCACCAUACAUUGAUAUUUUGCUGACAUGUUGAUUAUAAUGUAACUUAAAGACAAUUGACCCUUCAGUGUGUGAAGAGUUGCCUAUUCUGAAAAAGACCAACUGAGAAAGAAUAUGUCAUUAGAUUGCACCCAUAUGAGGUUCUCUGUCAGUAAACAGAGAAUAUGAAAGGGCUUAUUCAGGCUGUGUAAUUCAUGGUAAAAACAGAAAUACUUUUUUCUGUAUAGUUUGUCAUGGUAUCUUCAAAGUCAAAGAGUGGAAAGAAAAUAUGUUCAGUGGAAAGUAGGUCUUCCACGUAGAAUGUGGGAACACUACCUUGGUUGUAUAUUUUUUUAAGUAAUUUUAAUUUAACCAAUUUGUUUUGAAUUCUUGUCCAGAUGUUUACAUGCAUCUCUACAUUGUUUUCAGUUAUUCACACACACAAAAAGAUUCAAACUUAACAAAAAAAUUCUAAGUCCAGUGUUUGCAUGAUUCAAUCAAUCACAAAUUCCCUUUGUGUGGUAAUCAAUAAAGAACAUGUUUUCAUUGUA